CAAUAUGUACCUCAAAAUAUUGUUAAAAGUGCUCAGCUUUCCAGUGAUGUCACACUAGUCUUUCAAUGGUUUAAUCAAAAUUAGACAGCAGAAGUAUAUUUGUGGUGUUAAAUAAUAUCUAAAGAACAUAGACAUCUACACUUACAUAUACUACUAUGGAACCGAUACAACCAUUCUACAAAGAAAUUUGACAGUCUGUAUCAAGAAUGUUAAUGUUCUUACCCUUUGAGACUAAGUAAUUGCAGUGAAGUUGAUCCUAAAGAAAUUAGGAAUUUGCAUCGAUUUACAAUCAAUGAUGGUGAUAUCAAUUAACUUAAACAAUGGAAUAAAGGGUGGUACACUUUGAUAAAGGAAUAGCGUGUAUCAUUAAAGAGGAUCCAUAUUUUUGGAAUAACAUGGGACAAUAUUCCUGAAACUAUAUACACCAUUUUUCAGUCUUUUCUGUGCCUCUCUGCCCACUUUGGAGGGUAAGAUCCGCUGGAAGACAGCAUGCGAGCGCUAGCUCUGAUGUUAGAACCGCAUCAAAUCCCAGCGGUUUCGCUAGUUGUACGAGCAAGUUCAUCUCUUGCCUCAGUAACCUAGUUGUAAAAUGGUUGAACCUAAAGUACCUACUUGAUUGGGUGAAUUUGUGGAGGUUAGAUAAAAGUGCUUCCCUCGCCGCUCAAAUACAUUUUAGUUGUUACGAUAACGUCUUCCUGGUUCUCGGAGUAGUGGAGAAUACGAAAAUUAGAGUUCAGAAAUGUGAUGAAUUAGGAAAGAGAAAGCCACAGGAGAUUCGGUAACGACGAUUUGGUUUAAUGGGCUAAUCUGCCUCUAAACCCUCGGAUGUUGAUUACGCCCGCCCAGCCGGCGUGAACCGAGCUUCACGUUACCCGCCCCUAAGCUGUCUCGCAGGGGUGGCGGCUCGGAGGGUUGGACUCUAUUAUUCCAAGAGCUGUUUUACUAUCAAGUCCAUAGCCCUUAAUCUCCCCUCUUUAAAAUGAUCGUUUAAAAGCAUCCUUCCCUGCUCUCCCCACGCUCAACAGGGGUCCCUCCCCUGGAGCUGAUAGUUGGGAGGAGGAGGCGGCGUGGCUGAGCGAGUGAUCACGUCCCGAAGACUACAGUUCCCAGCGAACUCCGCGAGCUCCCGAUGCCCCAGAGGCAGUGCCGGAGGCGGCGGAGGACUCUAGUUUCUGCGGAACACCGCCACAACCUUCUCCCUCUACUCCGCAAUAUAGGCGGUUACCAAGUGUUGGGGCUUCUCCUCGGUUUCUGAAAAAGGCCGGUUGUUGGUGGAGUCGAACAUGCCACAGGAGAUCCGCGCGCUGCUCUGUCCUAGGACCAGCAGCCCUACGUGAGGAGGCUCGCGCGGGGUGAUGACCGUCACGCCGUGUGGUUUUCCGGCCGGCCCCCGCCAGGCAGAGGCCGCGCACGCGCGACGAGGCCGCGGGGCGGGGUCUGCGGCUCCUGCUGCGGGAGGAGACCUUACGCGGGUCCGCGGCUGUGUAGGUCGGUCGCCGGGCCGGCUGCGCGUGAUUGCAGGAGCUUGAUGGGGGUCAUCUCGACCUCAGCCCGGGAGCGAAGCCUCAGUCACGCCGACGGAGAUGGUGCCCUGGGUGCGGACGAUGGGGGAGAAGCUGAGGCAGCGGCUGCGGCUGGACGUGGGACGCGAGAUCUGCCGCCAGUACCCGCUGUUCUGCUUCCUUCUGCUGUGCCUCAGCGCCGCCUCCCUGCUUCUUAACCGGUAUCUUCACGUUUUAAUGAUCUUCUGGUCAUUUGUUGCUGGCGUUGUCACAUUCUACUGUUCAUUAGGACCCGAUUCUCUCUUACCAAAUAUAUUCUUCACAAUAAAAUACAAACCCAAGCAGUUAGGACUUCAGGAAUUAUUUCCUCAAGGUCAUAGCUGUGCUGUUUGUGGUAAAGUUAAAUGUAAACGACACAGACCUUCCUUACUUCUUGAGAACUAUCAGCCAUGGCUAGACCUGAAAAUUUCUUCUAAGGUUGAUGCUUCUCUCUCAGAGGUUCUUGAAUUAGUGUUGGAAAACUUUGUUUAUCCAUGGUACAGGGAUUUGACAGAUGAUGAGUCCUUUGUCGAUGAACUGAGAAUAACAUUACGGUUUUUUGCAUCUGUGUUAAUACGAAGGAUUCACAAGGUGGAUAUCCCAUCUAUUAUAACCAAGAAACUGUUAAAAGCGGCAAUGAAGCAUAUAGAAGUGAUAGUUAAAGCCAGACAGAAAGUAAAAAAUACAGAGUAUUUACAGCAAGCUGCUUUAGAAGAAUAUGGUCCAGAGCUUCAUGUGGCUUUGAGAAGUCGAAGGGAUGAAUUACACUAUUUAAGAAAACUUACUGAACUACUUUUUCCUUAUAUUUUGCCUCCUAAAGCAACAGACUGCAGGUCGCUGACUUUACUUAUAAGAGAGAUCCUGUCUGGUUCUGUGUUUCUUCCUUCCUUGGAUUUCCUAGCAGAUCCAGAUACUGUGAAUCAUUUGCUUAUUAUCUUCAUAGAUGACAGCCCACCUGAAAAAGCAACUGAACCAGCUUCCCCUUUGGUUCCAUUCUUGCAGAAAUUUGCAGAACCUAGAAAUAAAAAGCCGUCUGUGCUGAAAUUAGAAUUGAAGCAGAUCAGAGAACAACAAGAUCUUUUAUUUCGUUUUAUGAACUUUUUGAAACAAGAAGGAGCAGUGCAUGUGUUGCAGUUUUGUCUGACUGUGGAGGAAUUUAAUGAUAGAAUUUUGCGACCAGAGUUAUCAAAUGAUGAAAUGCUGUCCCUUCAUGAAGAGCUACAGAAGAUUUACAAAACAUAUUGUUUGGAUGAAAGUAUUGACAAAAUUAGAUUUGAUCCCUUCAUUGUAGAAGAGAUUCAAAGAAUUGCUGAAGGCCCAUACAUAGAUGUUGUGAAACUUCAAACUAUGAGAUGUCUUUUUGAAGCCUAUGAACAUGUUCUUUCUCUCUUGGAGAAUGUGUUUACCCCUAUGUUCUGCCACAGUGAUGAGUAUUUCAGACAACUUUUAAGAGGUGCAGAAUCACCAACCCGCAAUUCAAAAUUCAACAGAGGUAGCCUAAGUUUGGAUGAUUUUCGAAGCACACAGAAAAGAGGAGAAUCAUUUGGCAUCAGCAGAAUAGGUAGCAAAAUUAAAGGAGUAUUCAAGAGUACCACAAUGGAGGGAGCUAUGUUGCCUAAUUAUGGUUUAACUGAAGGUGAAGAUGACUUUAUUGAAGAAGGUAUUGUUGUAAUGGAAGAUGAUUCUCCGGUGGAGGCUGUGAGCACACCUAAUACUCCUCGAAACCUUGCUGCAUGGAAAAUUAGCAUUCCAUAUGUAGACUUUUUUGAGGAUCCCUCCUCUGAAAGGAAGGAGAAAAAAGAGAGAAUUCCUGUGUUUUGUAUUGAUGUUGAAAGAAAUGAUAGAAGAGCAGUUGGGCAUGAGCCUGAACAUUGGUCUGUCUAUAGAAGAUACCUUGAGUUUUAUGUGCUUGAAUCAAAAUUAACAGAAUUUCAUGGUACGUUUCCUGAUGCCCAGCUUCCUUCCAAGAGGAUCAUUGGCCCCAAAAAUUAUGAAUUCUUAAAGUCAAAGAGAGAAGAGUUUCAGGAAUAUCUACAGAAACUUCUUCAGCAUCCAGAAUUGAGUAAUAGUCAACUCCUGGCAGACUUUCUUUCUCCUAAUGGUGGGGAAACACAGUUUCUUGAUAAGAUACUGCCAGAUGUAAAUCUUGGAAAAAUUAUAAAGUCUGUUCCAGGAAAACUAAUGAAAGAGAAAGGUCAGCAUUUGGAACCUUUCAUCAUGAAUUUCAUUAAUUCUUGUGAAUCUCCGAAGCCUAAACCAAGUAGACCAGAACUGACCAUUCUCAGCCCUACCUCAGAAAACAACAAGAAGCUUUUCAAUGAUCUGUUUAAGAAUAAUGCAAACCGUGCUGAAAAUACAGAGAGAAAGCAAAAUCAGAACUACUUUAUGGAAGUGAUGACUAUAGAUGGAGUCUAUGAUUACCUGAUGUAUGUGGGACGAACAGUUUUCCAAGUUCCUGACUGGCUUCAUCAUCUCUUAAUGGGAACUCGAAUCCUCUUUAAAAACACCCUAGAAAUGUAUACUGACUACUAUCUGCAGUGUAAACUGGAACAGCUAUUUCAGGAGCACCGUUUAGUCUCACUCAUAACACUUCUCAGAGAUGCUAUAUUCUGUGAAAACACUGAACCUCGCUCUCUCCAAGAUAAGCAAAAAGGAGCAAAAAAGACUUUUGAAGAAAUGAUGAAUUACAUUCCAGAUCUCAUAGUCAAAUGCAUCGGUGAAGAAACCAGGUACGAAAGUGUCAGACUUCUCUUUGAUGGUCUACAGCAGCCAGUACUCAACAAGCAGCUGACUUAUGUUUUAUUGGACAUUGUGAUACAGGAACUGUUUCCAGAGCUCAAUAAGGUACAAAAAGAAGUUACUUCUGUGACAUCCUGGAUGUAAACGUUUGGAUUUAGUAUAAAAUAACCAGCUGAAUCUCUGCUGUGCUGGUGGAGUAGAAAUGUACUUUUCUUUUACUUUUGUAUAUUCUUCUGUAUAUCAUGUACUUUAGUGUCUGAAAAUUUUUUGUUUUAAUAAAGACUAACACAAACUUAAUAAUUAUUUAAUGUGA